CAGUCUGUAUGUCUAGGUGCUUGAUUUUAUAUACCUGUGGCCAUGGAGUAUAUCUGCAAACUUCUGUCUAAUGCAGGCCAUAGAUGGGUCGAAAAUCGGCCGAUUUUUCGGCCGAAAAUAAAAUCGGCCGAUUUUCGGAUCGUUAGUGGGCUAUUUGUUCGGCCGUUUUUUGGGAUUUUGGCCGUUUUUUUUUUUUUGGUAAAGUUGGAAAAAAAUCGGCCGAUCGGCAUUCGGCAUUCGCGGCAUUAAUGGGCUAAUCGGCCGAUUUUUUACCGAUAAAAAAUCUGCGCAUGAGCAGUGA